AUGGCGAAGGCUGUGCGCGUCAUUUCGAUCCUGGCCGUGGGAGUUUGCUUCUGCUGCCUCCCGGCCUUCGUGCCGGCGCCUGCUCGCCCAGCUCGCAGCAUGGCGCCCGCAGCCGCAGGGGCACUGAGCAUGCUCGGCGCAGCGCCUGCUUUCGCGGACAAGAUCGACGAUGCGGCCAAGAAGCUGUCAGACGCCUCCUACCCCUUCCUGAAGGAGAUCGACUGGACCGCGGACUAUGCGAAGAACAUCCCGGGAGCCGAUCCCCUGCAGAUGGCAAAGGCCAUCGCCAAGACCAUUGACAUGGGCGCGGCUAUGGACCCAUCUGCUUUGAAGGCCGGCGUCCUGGCUCACUCCAAGGCGAUUGGCAGCAUCGAUGCCAACGGACUGACCUCCAAAGCUGAUUACCAGGCCAUCAACGCAGCUAUCGGUCACAUGGUCUCCUCGGCUGGAGAGGCCAAGACGCUGGACGUCUACAACGCCUGGGCAGGCAUCGUGGCCGCAGCUGUGGCCUCGGGCAAGGGAAUCCCGGCGUACCUCAUCGGCACUGUGAACCCGGCAGACGCACAGGCUGCUUACAGUGCCUUCCUCGAGUUCAAGGAUGUGGUGAAGUCCACGAUGCAGUGA